GAGUGUCAGGUUUCAGAAAUUGUGUGACAAGUAAAGAUUUUGUGUGUAAGCAGAUGGAAAACAUUGUAAUAUGUGCAAGCAUUAGUGAAACUAAAUAUGUCCAAUAUGUUAAUAAAUCUGUGUGCAUGAUUCACUGAUCAAUCAAAUUGGUGGACAAAUUUCUUAUAGCAAAAUGUUUUUUGUUUUUUUUUGUUUUUUUGUUUUUAGAAAUCAGUAAAUGUCACUGGAUCAUGAUGAAAAGUUGCUUGUGUGGGCAGGAGUCAAGAAAGAGGAAGAAACAUUUUCUGUUUGUGAAGCAUUUUAAAAUAAACCGUGUUAACUGAGAAUUUCAUCAGUUCAACGUCUGCUGGAGAGACUCACCAGAACACGCGAUGUCACUGAUAAAGGCUCCUCCUCUUCCUCUGGUGUUUCUGCUCAUGAUUUACGGGGUUUCUAGUGCUGAUUGGGGUGUGAGUUACAGUCCUUCACACAUCUGUGCAGUAAAUGACUCAUCAGUGAUAAUGAGCUGCACUUAUACAUACCCUACUGGACAUCAGAUCAAGAACGUGUUCUGGACCAAAGGUCCUAUACAACAGGGUGUAGAGCUUAAAGAUCUGUCUGAGGACCCUGAAUACAGUCAGAGGCUUCAGUAUCUGGAAGAUAAACAGCAGAACUGCACCAUCAGACUGAGUCAUGUGACACUGAAGGAUUCACACGAGUACUAUUUCAGAUUCAUCACUGAUAAAGAUGUGAAAUGGAUUGGUAAACCAGGAGUGACUCUUGCUGUCACAGAUCUUCAGGUGUCUCAGUCUCCUGAGAGAGUGACAGAGAGAGAUUCAGUCCGUCUGACAUGUAAAAGCAGCUGCACUCUGACUGACAGAGCAACAUUCAUCUGGUACAGAAACUCACAGCUAGUAACUACAGGAAUCACUGGAAACCAGCUCAUCCUCUGGCGAAUCAGCAGAGAAGAUACAAGCAGUUAUAGCUGUGGUGUAGAUGGACACAGUUACACCUCUCCUGCUGUUCAACUCAAUAUCAGAUAUCCUCCAGAGAAUCCAGUGAUCUCCAUCAGUCCAUCUGGUGAAAUAAUGGAGGGAGAUUCAGUGACUCUGAGCUGCAGCAGUGAUUCAAACCCUCCUGCAGAAAUCAACUGGUUUAAAGGAGGAACGUUUGUAGGAUCUGGAAGAAUCUACAGCAUCUCAAAGAUCAGCUCUGAUGACAGUGGAAAAUACAAGUGCAGAUCCAGAAACAAACGUGGAGAGAAAUAUUCCUCUGUGACUUUAAACGUCAUGUAUCCUCCAAAGAGCGUCUCAGUGUUCAUCAGUCCAUCUGGUGAAAUAGUGUCAGGAGAUUCAGUGACUCUGAUCUGCAGCAGUGAUUCAAACCCUCCUGCAGAAAUCAGCUGGUUUAAAGGAGGAACGUUUGUAGGAUCUGGAAGAAUCUACAGCAUCUCAAAGAUCAGCUCUGAUGACAGUGGAGAAUACAAGUGUAGAUCCAUCAAUGAACAUGGAGAGAAAUACUCUGAUGCUGUGACUUUAAACGUCAUGUAUCCUCCCAGGAGUGUCUCAGUGUUGAUAUCUGGAUCUGGUGAAAUAGUGUCAGGAGAUUCAGUGACUCUGAUCUGCAGCAGUGAUUCAAACCCUCCUGCUCUGAACUUCAGCUGGUUUAAGGAGAAUGAAAGCUCAGCUGUUGGAUCUGGACAGAGUUUCAGUGCACUACAGAGUGGACGCUUCUACUGUCAGGCUCACAAUCAACAUGGAUCUCAGAGAUCAGACGCUGUAACUGUCACAGUUCAUCAUGGUGCUGGUAGUAAUGUGACUGUGUUCGCAGUGGCAUCUGGAGAAUUAUUCAUCUUCAUCAUCAUAUUUAUAAUUCAGAGGAAAAGGAAAAACAGAAGAUCUGUAAUACAUGAGCAUGAGAAUGAUUCUCCCAGCACAGGAACAUAUGCAGCUCUUGACCCGAAGUCAAGAUCUUCUGAUGUGUACAACACACUCACAACUGUCCACCCCAGACCUGCUGUUCACCAUUUGGGCUCUUCUGAAUAUGAGAAUCACCACAUUGAAGCAGCAUCCAGUCGCAACAUAUGAGCAAGAUAGUGGGAUAGUCCUUCAUGACUCGUUCGCUGUCGGUCAUCAUCAAAAGAGCUACUGGUGAACUUAGCUUACAUUUGAUUUUAUUUGAUGGAAAUACUAUACAGCAGAAAUCGACGCAAUACGGUCAACAAAAAGUAGGUCCCUGCUACUCGCUCUUUCUACAAACAACCCGCCACAGGAAAUAGAGAAAACAGAAAUGAUCACCAGUGCACACCUGACAGUGAACCAAUAAGAACUAACAACAAAUGAAUGCUCCUCCACACAUAGUAGACGUCACGUUAAGAUGAAGCACAAGUUAAACUUUACUCACCUUUUGUCGCAGCACUGGACACGCCCACAUCACAACUACCAAUAAAAACUAAGGACUUUGUGUAAACACCACUAUAGAGUUUACAUUCUGCAGUGAAGUGACUUUUGUAAAAGAUAGUAAUGGAUUGUGUUCAUGUGUGACCAUGUGAUGAAUGAGCAACCAAAAGGUGCAUUCUGAUUGACAUGGUCCCUACAGAGCACUGAAUAUCCAUUAUCAAAAGCACGGGACAAACUAACCCAAUGAUCAGCUGGCUGUUCAACUUGUUGCAGUCACUGAGAGGCGACAACACAGUCAGCUUUCAUCGCCACUAGUUUUUUGACAUUGGCUUAGUGUGUCCCAAAGAUUAUGAUAUAACACAAAUAUUGUAAUUUACUUUUUACGUAAUAAUGUAAAAUAUACAAAUACGUAUGAAUCUAAUAAAUAUAAUCAAAACUUA